UUGACUGGGAGGAUGCGCUGCCUCCCAAGGAGAUGAAUCCAGCAGAAAGGCACUGUAGAAAUGCUGAUGUCGUACUAUGUCUGGGAACUAGUUUGCAGAUAACUCCUGCAUGCAAUCUGCCACUUAAAUGUCUUCGUGGUGGGGGAAAGAUUGUGAUUGUGAAUCUUCAGAAAACACCAAAGGACAAGAAAGCAAGUUUGGUGAUCCACGGGUUUGUAGAUAAGGUUAUUGCAGGAGUCAUGGACUUGCUGAAUUUGCGUAUCCCUCCAUAUAUCAGGAUUGAUCUUUUCCAGAUCACUGUAACUCAAUCCUUGAGUGCAGAUAAAAAAUUUGUUAACUGGACCAUCCGAGUAGGAAGUGUGCAUGGACAAAAUGCGCCACUGUCAUUCAUCAAAUCUGUGGAGGUUUCCUUCUCCGACAAGAUAAAGUACAAACUAGCCAGUCUAGAUAAGCAGCCGUUUCAGCUGAAGAGGAGAACCAUUACUACUGAAGUAUUUGACAUCAUGUUGAAACUCAAUUUUAGUGAUGGUUGUGGUUGUCAGUGCACCCAAAUCACUAUCCCUUUUGAUUUUAAGGUUUCAGCGAAGAGUUUUGAACCUGACAAGGAGGAGAUAUUCCAAAAGCUAAGCGAGGCUGCAGUGGAAGAAUUUCGGUGUGGGCAGAAUUCACUCAUUGAGAGGAAGGUUUUUUCAUCCCCCAAAAGCGAGGCCACUGUCUAUGCCAUUGUAACCAACAUCAAAGGUUUCGAAUCUCAUCCUCUGAGUAACAGCGAUCUCAAAUGGCAAAAGGGAAGUGUGAAUGGUAUUGAAACAUCUCGGAAACGAUCAAACAGUCGUAAGCGUAAAUCACGACCAUAGACAACAAAGGCUAGCGAUUCGAGUUUUGUAUAUACGUUACUCUUCGUUAGAAUGAUUAUAACUCACAGGUCACAACAUAUUUUGCUGAGUGAAUUUUGUUAGAUGUUACACUCAGUCUCCCCAGCUAUGGAAAGGAUACAGCCAGCUACUUGUUUCAACAGAUUAUGAAUACAUUUAGUUCUUCAUAGCAGGCAUUUCUCUAUGUAUAGUUUUAGUGAUGACUAGGAUCAUUUCCUGAUUGGAGCUCUUUUAAGUUUUUAAGGAUCUCGUGACAUAUGCGUUUAAAUUUACUUAUGGUUGAAUUAAUUUUUUU